CUUUUCAUAAAAUUAAAAAAAAACAAUAUGAAAUUACUAUUAUUAAUUUUCUUACUUUUAAAUCUUUUGAUUGUAUCUCAAACAGCAGAGGCAGAAGUAAAUUAUGGCAUUAAUGAAAAUGAAUUAUACAAACACAGAGAUCCAUUAGCCUAUUAUUGUAAGGAUGAUUCAUGCCCACAUAAGUAUUGCUGCGUUCAACUUAGAAAAUCAUAUACAUGUGUUUUGGAAGAAAAAGAACCAAUUUGCCACUAUGGACCCUUAUUAAAAAACUUUUAUUAAAAAAAUUAUAAAUAAAAUUUUUAUUAUUUUUAGAAAUCUAAAAAUUUAUACGUAAAUAAAAGCUAUUUAUAUAUAAUUUUAUAGAAAUUAUAUUUAUUAAUAACCAUAUCAAAUUAAACAAAACUUUAACACUGACCACAACUUACCCCUAAAAAAUAAAUAACCACUUUUUUUAUUUUAC